AUGAGAAACAGAAGUGUGUUUUUGAAAGAUGAGGAUCUGCAGUUUGCUCUGAUAAAUAAAGAACACUCUCACACAGACAUCAAACACACGACAACUCAAGAAAUGGAGAGAAUUACAUUUAUCUCUCUUCUGCUCACAGCUGUCUUCAGUUCAUCAUCAUGUCUUGAACGUCAGUAUCACUUUGUGAAUCAGAAUAUGACCUGGACUGAAGCUCAGAAAUACUGCAGAGAGAAUUACACAAAUCUGGCCACCAUCAACAACAUGAACGACACACAAGAGCUGCGAAAGAAAGUGAACAAUCAGACUAACCUUGUCUGGAUCGGACUGCAGAGGACAAACAGUUAUACAUGGAAAUGGUCUCUGAGUAACCGUGCAUUUUACACAGAAAAUGAUUUACAGUCAACACUGGACUGGAAGAAAUGGACACAAACAGGACAACCAAUAAAUAAAAGAGACUGUGUUUAUAUGGGCAAAAUGAAUGGAGAUUGGCAUGAUGAUUCUUGUUCUGCUGUACGUCCUUUCAUCUGCUAUAGUGACAGCAGUGAAGGAUAUGUACCUGUGAUGUAUUCACUGAACUGGAGAGAAGCGCAGCGUUACUGCAGAGUGAAUUACACAGAUCUGGCCAGUGUGACGAACGAGUCUGAGUAUCAGAAAAUUCAGCAGAUCAUACAAAAUCAGACAGGACAAAAUCCGACAGGACAAUAUGAUGUCUGGAUUGGUCUGUUCAGAGACUCGUGGGAGUGGUCUGAUGACAGUACCUCCUCAUUCAGAAACUGGGGAAAUGAUGAACCCAAUAAUGAACCCAAUAAUGAACCCAAUAAUGAACCCAAUAAUAAACCCAAUAAUGAACCCAAUAAUGAACCCAAUAAUGAACCCAAUAAUAAACCCAAUAAUGAACCCAAUAAUGAACCCAAUAAUGAACCCAAUAAUAAACCCAAUAAUGAACCCAAUAAUAAACCCAAUAAUGAACCCAAUAAUGAACCCAAUAAUAAACCCAAUAAUGAACCCAAUAAUGAACCCAAUAAUAAACCCAAUAAUGAACCCAAUAAUGAACCCAAUAAUAAACCCAAUAAUGAACCCAAUAAUGAACCCAAUAAUAAACCCAAUAAUAAACCCAAUAAUAAACCCAAUAAUGAACCCAAUAAUAAACCCAAUAAUGAACCCAAUAAUGAACCCAAUAAUAAACCCAAUAAUGAACCCAAUAAUGAACCCAAUAAUAAAAUCUGCACAACACUUUCAGCCCAAAAGGACAAGGGACAAUGGAUAGACGACCCUUGUAAUAAUGUAUAUCCUUUUGUGUGUUAUGAUGAUAAACUGUUUGUGAUCAGAGAGAAUAAGACGUGGAAAGACGCUCUGAGAUACUGCAGAGAGAAUCAAAUGGACCUGGUGUCAGUUGAGUCUGAUUGGAUGCAGCGUCGCGUGAUGAAUGUGGUUAAAGACACCUCCAGCGCUGAGUUGUGGUUGGGUCUACGUCACUCCUGCACUCUGGGUCUGUGGUUCUGGGUGAGUGGAGAGAUCAUGUGCUAUCACAACUGGGCUCCAGGUAACGGCACCGGUCUGGAAGACUGCAGUGAGGGAGUGCGAGCCGGAGCGCUUCAGUCCAGAGGAGACCAGCGCUGGAUCAGCCUUCCAGAAACUCACCAACUCAACUUCAUCUGCAGCAAAUAUUAAAGUGUGUUGACUGAGAGUUAUUCCACUUUUAUCUUUCAUUCAUUUUCUUUGGUUGUUUAAUCAGAUUAAAGGUUUGUAACUUGGGCUUUACUGGAACACUGUGUUUGGGGUUUUGUUUGGUCAUGAUCUUUAUUAAUAAUUCUGAGAAAAUAAAGUCUUGAAAUAAAUAUAA